UUCCCGCAUUUUUUAUUUGCCUAUAUAUAUAAGUUAUUCUUCUUAACCGUUCCCACAUCUCUUCAACCUAGCUGCUGCUGUUGUCAGACUUUUCAGAUCUGCAGAUGCCUUGUAAUGAAAUCAAUGGGCAUUCAAGAAAAGUUAAAAAAAGACGAUGCUCAUUUUACAAAAUAUAUUACGCUGCUGCAGCAAUUGCAAUUUAUUAUCAUAUGAAGUACUUACUAAAGCAAGGUAAUAGAUUUCUUUAUUCACAUGGAUGGAAUUGGGUUCGAGAAACUCUUAACACUCCAGGCGAAAGUUAUAACAUGUUUAGGAUGGAAUCUAAUGCUGUGCUGAAACUUGAAAAAUUAUUAGUUAGUAAGGGAUGGUUACAUCCAUCUAAUGAAAUGACAUCGUUGGAAGCUUUGACUAUGUUUCUUUGGAGUUGUGCACAUAGUGAGACUAAUCGAAAUGUCCAAAAUAAAUUUGGAAAAUCAGGAGAGACCGUAAGUAGGAAGUUUGGUGAAGUUCUGGAUAGUUUAUGUUUAUUAGCUACCGAAAUUGUCAAACCUCCUGAUUUUAACUUUGUAGAAAUUCCAUCCAAAAUUAGAGAUGAUAAUAGGUAUUGGCCUCAUUUUGAAGGAUGCAUUGGAGCUAUAGAUGGAACUCAUAUUCCUGCCAUUGUUCCUACUGAAGAACAAAUUCGUUAUAUUGGUAGAAAAGGAUUUCCAACACAAAAUGUCAUGUUAGUGUGCAACUUAGACAUGUUAUUUACUUUUGUUGUCGUUGGCUGGCCUGGUACUGCACAUGAUACACGUAUUCUUUCAACUACGAUUGAAGAAAUGAAAGAUGUGUUUCCUCAUCCUCCUGAAGGAAAGUACUAUCUAGUUGAUGCUGGAUAUCCAAAUAUGAAAGGGUAUCUAGCACCAUACAAGGGUGAAAGAUAUCACAUUCCAGAUUUUAGAGCAGGAAGUCAAGGAGAAGGCGUACAUGAAGUAUUCAACCAUGCACAUUCUUCACUAAGAAAUGUAAUUGAGCGAACAAUUGGGGUUUGGAAGAAAAUAUGGCAUAUAUUAUCUGAUAUGAGACCAUUUCCAUUGAUGAAACAACAAAAGAUCAUAGUUGCAACAACGGCACUUCAUAAUUUUAUUCGAAAGUGUGGUAUUGAAGAUGAAGAAUUUAACAAAUGUGACCAUAUUCCAGGAUAUAUGAUUGACCAUGGAGAAGAAAGAAUCAAUCAUGAAGACAUGGAUUCAUUUAAUCCAAGAAGAGUACAAGAUGGAGGCUAUAUGGACAGAGCUCGAAAUCGAAUAGCAGUCGGGUUGGUUGGAAAUAGAAAUCGUUAGAGUUUUUGAUAAUUUAUAUUUCUAAUCAUGAAUUAUUUUCUAAAGUCUUUUAAUAUUGUUUAUGGUUUUUUUUUUUUUACAAGAAUAUUGUUUAUGGUACUGUUAAGCUCUUUUUGGAUGAUUUACGUUUUAUAAAAAUAUUUUGAGAGAUACUUUCAUAUGACAGUUUAUGAAAUUUUAUUCACAUUUGU